UCCGGGAUCCAGAGGACAGAGUUGUAGAAACUCCCAGGCAGUGGGAGACAGCUGGUUGAGUGUCUGGAUUUAAACACAAGAUAAAACACCUUAUUUAAGGACCUUCCUCGUCGAGACACGACGACAGACACGCAGCCGAACGUUUAGUACCCGUGUUUAUUCCCGAGGUGGACCGUGAAGAAGGAGAGGCUGUCGUGGAUGUCAAUGAUUAAGAUCCUGAGUCUGUCUCACGAAGGAUAUCCGUCCCUGCAACCACCCCCGCCAGGUUGGACUGUCCCCGAUAAGCUGAUCACCGCUGCCUUGGAGGUUUUUUGCGACGCUCUGGGAAACCUGACUUUUGUUUGUUUGCGACAACCCAAGAACCGACCUGCCCACGGACGCAGCUAUGCAGCUUGAAAUCCAAGUCGCCCUCAACUUUAUCAUUUCCUAUUUGUACAACAAACUCCCGCGGCGGCGAGUCAACAUCUUCGGGGAGCAGCUUGAGCGGCAGCUGAAGAACAAGUACGAGGGCCACUGGUACCCGGACAAGCCCUUUAAGGGCUCGGGGUACCGCUGCAUCCACGUGGGCGAGAAGGUGGACCCCGUGGUGGAGCAGGCGGCCAAGGAGAGCGGCCUGGACCUGGAGGACGUCCGCAACAACCUGCCCCAGGACCUGAGCGUGUGGAUCGACCCCUUCGAGGUGUCCUACCAGAUCGGGGAGAAGGGCGCCGUGAAGGUGCUCUACGUGGACGACAACGGCGGCGGCGGCGAGAACGGCUCGGAGCUGGACAAGGAGAUCAAGAACAGCUUCAACCCGGAGGCGCAGGUGUUCAUGCCCAUCAGCGACCCGGUGGGUGGCUCGUCAGAGUCCAGCUCCCCCUCGCCGCCCUUCGGCCAGUCGGCGGCCGUCAGCCCCUCCUUCCUGCCGCGCUCCGCCCAGCCGCUCACCUUCACCACCGCCACCUUCGCCGCCACCAAGUUCGGCUCCACCAAGAUGAAGAGCAGCGGCCGCGGGAACAACAACAACAACAACGGUGGGGGCGGCGGGGGAAACAACAACAACAGCAGCGGCGGCGGCGGCAGCAGCGGCGGGGGCAGCAGUAGCAACAAGCCCUCGCCCACCUCCCCCACCAGCCACCUGGGCCUGAAUGUCAACACACUGCUGAAGCAGAAAGCCAUGUCCACCUCCAUGCACUCGCUGUACGGCCUGGGGCUGGGCCCGCAGCAGAAGGCCUCGGCGCUGUCGCCCAACGCUAAGGAGUUUGUGUUCCCCAGCCUGCAGGGCCAGGGCAGCCCCGGGGAGGGUUCCCUGGGCCUGGGCCCCCUGCAGUACGGCACCGCCUUCGACGUGUUCUCGGCCUACGGCGGCCUCAACGACAAGUCGCUCAUGGAUGGCCUCAACUUCAGCCUGAGCAGCAUGCAGUAUUCUAACCAGCAAUUCCAGCCGGUCAUGGCUAACUGAGACGGGGCGCAACGGGCCGUUUAUUUAUGAAUGGGCGGUGGCUCAAGUAGAAGGGAAAAACAAAGCGAAACCUGCACACUUAGAAGUUCAACGACUUGGUACUUUCAAGGAAACAUGAUGUCUAGUUUCAGUGAAGCGCAUGUGCCCAAGGGUGUGCCCAUCGCCGCGCCCCCUUGCGUUUGUUUCUGUUCGAGAGCUUGUCUUACAACAAUGUCCAAGCUUGGUUACUUCAACAUGCAUCGUUGUUUUUCUUUUUUGACUUUUUGCCAACCAAGCACAAAAUAAUUUUUUUACAAUGUCGACAAAAUCGAAAAAACGACUCCAAAAAAGUGGGGAGAAAAAAAAUACAUACGAGCUUCGAGUUUUUGGCCUCUCACAGUAUUUUACAGGCGGUAAGACGAAGCUGAUUUUUAUGAAUUGGCACUACAAAGUGGGGUUACUUGGUCUUUUUCUAAUUGUAUAAUUUAAUUUAGUACAGAGUUUGUAAGAUAUCAGAGUAUAUAUAUUGUUUCUAUGACAUGGUGUUGCAUUUAUAUCUUUUUACUACUCCAGUGAUCUGUGAUGGCUGCAGCAGCUUUUCCUUAUGUUUUUCUUUUUUUAAAAGAUAAUUAUGAAAGAAAUCCAUCUUUAAAAAUACAUAAAAUAUUCUACGGAUUGUGUAUAAAGUAUCCCUUAGUGAUGGACUUCAAGUGUAGGAAUAUUUGCUUUUCCCCCCCGAGAAGAAUUGUAUUUUCUGUUAUGAGGUUAAAUUUUGCUAUACUCUGGACAAAAUGUAAUCGUAUGAAUAUUAAUUUUGUACGUACAUUGUGCAAUACUUGAUAAAAUACGGUAUAACAAAGUAUUUUGAGUCAGUGUCUUACAUGUGAAGAGGGACUGAAAUAGUUUAUAUUGUUAAGUUUGUAUUAAAUGCUUACAAAUGAUAUGCUUGUCUUUAUUUUUUUUAAUUUCAUAUUUGCACCCUGGUCUUUUUAAUAAAAUAAACUACAGUUCUACAUGAUU